ACAGCCUUGCAUGGGCUGAGCCAUUUCAAUUGAAGCACACAUCCAUAGGCUGCUGUGCUCUUGACUGCUGGCUUGUCUCCCAGUUUUGAGAGAUUUCAGAUUCAGCCUCCCCUUCUCUCUCUCUCUCUCUCUCUCUCUCCUUCUCUUGUCCUGCAGUUGUCAGGCUUCUCUGAGCUCUGCUAGCCAGGACUCCUGAGCAACCAUGGCAGACACCACCCUCCAGAUCAUUGAACAGCCAGCAGUCUCCGAGGCCUCCGAAGAACCAGCCAGCGAUGAACCUAUCAAACCUGACCAGAUCAAUGGUGUUAUGGUGCUCACCCUUCUGGACAAGAUUAUUGGGGCUGUGGAUCAGAUUCAGCUGACCCAAAGCCAAUUGGAGGAGAGGCAACAAGAAAUGGAUGGUGUGGUAGCCAGCAUCCAAGGAGAGCUAGCCAAGUUAACCAAGGCUCACACUACUACCAGUAAUACAGUGAACAAGAUGUUGGAGAAGGUCCGUAAAGUCAGUGUCAAUGUGAAAACUGUCCGGCAGAAUCUGGAGAAACAAGCUGGGCAAAUCAAGAAGCUGGAGUCCAAUGAAGCAGAGCUACUGAAACGCAGAAAUUUCAAAGUUAUGAUUUACCAGGAUGAAGUGAAACUGCCAACCAAGCUAAGCAUUAGUAAGUCUUUGAAAGAGAUGGAAAAAGAAGGAGCAGGUGAAGAGUUGCCAGCAGGCGAAGAACACCCAGAGGAGGAACAUAUUGAACUUUCUUCAGAUGAAGAGGUAGAGGUAGAAGAGAUUAUCGAGGAAUCACGAGCAGAACGCAUAAAGCGUAGUGGUAUGAGAAAAGUGGAUGACUUCAAAAAGGCAUUCUCCAAAGAUAAGAUGGAGAAGACCAAACUGAAGACCAGAGAGAACCUGGAGAAGACAAAACUGAAGACCAGAGAGAACCUGGAGAAGACCAAGCAGAAUCUGGAGAAGACUCGGCACAAUCUAGAGAAGAGGAUGAACAAGCUGGGCACCAAGAUUGUCACUACUGAACGCAGGGAGAAGAUGAAGACUUCUCGGGAGAAGCUGAAGAAGUCCUUCACACCAGAUCAUGUGGUCUAUGCACGCUCCAAGACAGCUGUCUACAAAGUACCACCUUUCACUUUCCAUGUCAAGAAGAUCCGGGAAGGAGAGGUAGAAGUGAAAGCCACUGAGAUGGUAGAAGUUGGUGGGGAUGAAACAGAGAAUGCUGAUCUUCUGAGAGGUGAAAGCCCUGAGAUGAGCACACUCCUGCAAAUUACGGAAGAGGCAGACACCAUGCUGGCAGACAAAAGUGACAGUGAGUGAGGCAGGCAGCAUCAGAAGAAUGUCAAGAGCUGAACAUGUAAUCUUUCACGUUUCCUCUUUUUGGCCUCACAUGGGCACACGCAUGCACAUACACAAAUACAUACAUACACACACACAAUCUUUCUCUAUAGAUAAAUCUUACAACCCCCUUCCCUGCAAUAUAGUACCAAGGCGCAAUUUUGUAUAUUUCUGUUUCAUUAUACCAAACAUGGGACUUCAUAGCAAUCCAUCAAACACCAUUCCUGCUAUUGAACGCUUGCUUUGCCAGCUUGCUGUGGCAAAUCCCCACCCCAUUCCUCACCUGAGGAUGCUUUCGACAACACAAUCUAUUUGUAUAUCCAAGGGGCAUGCUGCCUUUUACCUGUUUCUCCUUGGUGUCAAGAAUGCUUCCUGGGGACCAGAAAGCAGUUUGGACAGACAGAAAGAAGAACAAAACCAUGGAAACAAAGGAAGAAAAAUCGGCUAAAUUACUGAAUUGCUGAAUUGAGAGGUGGGCAGGGACAGAACUGGGAAAUAGUUGUGCGGAAAGAGGAUGUGAUGUCAUAUGAUAUUGCAAGACAGCAUGUCUGUGCAAUUUCCAAGAGAUCAUUUGGAUGCAGUCAUGUUUGAUGAGCCUUGUGUUAAUGCACACAGAAGGCCAAAAGCUGCCACUCUGUACCUGAAAGGAAAGGAGAAGAGACAUCUAAGUGGAGUGCCCUCAAAGCUAUGCAUGCUCUUAGCUGAACCUCUUUGUGAGCUUCAUUGUAAUAUGAUUCUCAUUGCUUCAGUGUGUAUUGCUCACAGGGAGAGUGAAGAGGGUGCAAAGGACUGUUGUGCAAGUGCAUUAAGCUGAGAAAGAGUGAGAGGUGUCACAAAAACAGAGAGAGCUAUGAUAGCAUUUUGAGUACAAGUAAUAAAAUUUUAUCAAAGAAGAACAAAGGAGAAAACUCUUGUCCAGUCCAUGGGGCUUGUCUGGACUGGAUCCUGAGCACUACAGCACUGUUGUAUACAGUAAUGCUUAGGGUCCAGAUCAUACUCUGCAUUCCUGUUCACCUGCUAUAAUGAUUUUGAAUAGCCAAAUUAUUUUGUGCUUUCUAGUAGGGUAACAUUUGGACCCCUUUAGCAGUGUUUGCUAAAUACGCUACUUAGUAAGAGAAGUAGGAGCUGAAGGGGCUAUGGUGCAGAAGUUCACAGACAAAACAGCUUCGUUGUGGAGAAGCAUCAAUGCAUUCUCAACAACCACUCUCCACUACGUACUUAUACAGCUACCUCUUUUUUAUCUUCCAAUUCCAAUGGGAAUUUUUCCAAGCAUACCAAAGAGUUAUCCUUUCUUAGUGUUGGAUGCAUGCAACUGUCCUUCUCUGCCUAGUGUAACAGAACACCCCCCUCCUUCAGGAUUUGGAAAUGUUAUUUUUAUGGACUAUAACUCUAGGAAUCUUGCAGUCAUCAUGAUCAUUGAGCACUGUAGCCUAAAAAAGUUUUCCUAGGUCUGCCCUCUUCCCACAAUCUUCUGCUGGGAUUCCUUCAGGCUUCUCUCGCAGACUCGGCCAUUUCAUGCCUUCCACUUCCUCUACCAAACCCUGUACAAGGGCUGCCUUUUCUAGCAACUGGGUUGGCUGAGCUACUGACAAUCCAGUGGGGAGAUGUGUGUCUAUGUGUGCAAAUACCAGAGUGUUCUUACUUGACCAAGAAGUAUGCAAGUAAAUAGUUUGCAAGGGGCUGUCCCCACCACACUAUAGACUUUUCCUGCAAGCUUUUCUAUUCUUAUUAUAGAUCUUAAGUUACAGAAGGACAGAAAGCUCCCAGUAAACAAGAUAUACUAGGCCAGUAAGGCCAUGCCUUAUGGAGAGAGUAAGUGUGCCCAAGUUUGGGGGUGUGGAAUGUGCCAAGCAGCUGCAUUGUUCCUUUUAUAAGACUGCAUCCUGGUGAGCAGCAUGACUAAUAAACUUUCUUUUCUAAAAGAACAGGUGUGAAGCGUUUUGAAGAGAAGCAUCACGAAGGCUACUUUGUCAGUUGCAGUUUAGGGACACUUAGGGGCCAAACCAUUAUGUUUUACUGCCUGAGAUCGAUAACUCAAGCCUAAGGUCAAAGUGCAAAGUAUCCAGAGCCAGCAAAGUUAUUUUGGGCUACAAGGCUCACGUUCUGACAAGUGUCUUUUCCCCAUAACUGGUGAUAAAGAAAAAUGAAAUAAAAUGCCGUAAUAAGUAAGCUAAUGAAACAACAGUUUCCUGCCCUUUUGUGACACUUGAGAGGUGCUGCUUGAGAUGGAUGUCUCACUAUUCCUAAAGUCAGGUCCAACUGUAUGCAUAUGAAUGAAGACAUAAUUGUCAGCUUGUCUGUUUAAUUGUUCACAUGGUUUUUCUCCAUCAUCCAGCAAUGGAAAUUUUGCUCAAGUAAAUCAAACCCUCCCAUUUUUUUACCACCUAGAGCAGUGGCUCUCAAUCUGUGGCUCCCGGGUGUUUUGGCCUAUAACUCCUAGAAAUCCCAGCCAGUUUACCAGCUGUUAAGAUUUCUAGGAGUUGAAGGCCAAAACAUCGGGGGGCCCACAGGUUGAGAACCACUGCCCUAGAGAAAGAAGACAACCAGUAGGAAGAAGCAGGUGCCUACAAAGUGGAAGCAAGUACUGAGCAAAAAGUCAUUCCCAUUUCCUCUUGAAGUUCCUGUUUGUGCACCUGGACAGAAUAGCAGGCAGGUUUAGGCCCAGAGCAAGCAAGUACAUAAAGCUAGCAACCUUUACCAUGCCUGCUGGCUCACUUUCUUGCAUUGGGCUGAAUGGAGAUGAAGGCUGGAUUCAUUGAGCACAGUUCCCAUCACCAGGACAUCACUUGCAGCCACAGCACAAGUAACAGGUGGGAGAAAAAGAGGCGUGUGGUACCUUUGAUCCAUUUUUACAAGGCUAAGGAGGAAGGGUAUGAAGUAGUGGCCAGAAGUGAGUAUGGACUAUCCAUAUGUGGAGGGAUCCAAAGGUUUCUCUUCCUUUGUAGCUUCUGGUGCAGGCCAAACAAUGUACAAAAGGUGCUCUUUUAUUGUUUGAUAUAAUCUCCAGUACAACUAUCAGCAUCUUUUCCCUCUAAAUUAAACUGCUGUUAAACAUGCCUUUAAAAAGUAUACUUUGAUCUUCAACCAGUCAGAUUAGAAAGAGAGACCAUAAGGAGCAAUUAUAGUUCUCCUGGCCAAAAUCUGAAAGUGUGGCUUCCAUUUGUUCCUCGAGGUGGCAGUAGCUCCCCUGUACAAAUAGCAUUAAAAUUAAACAGGGAGGGACCCGAAUGGUUUGGGGUUGUUGCUGUAGUUUACCCUGACCUGUAAUUAUUUUUUACCCAGGUGGGCCACAUUGUGACAGAACUGGGGAAUGGUCAUACAUGACACUUUUUCAUACUGUCUUUGAUUCACAACUGGAAGGAGUAUGCAUUGCCUCUUGUUCAAAGACCUUGAGUUACACACUGUCCUACAUUCGGCCAUUCUAAUGGCAAUUUUAGUUAGCACUAACCCAAAUAAACCUUAAUUAGAGUCUGCUAAGGAUCAAAACAGUGAAGACUGUUUGGGACAUACAAAGUGAGAGUAGAGAAACUUAGAGGAGUAGGACGUGGCUGCUAGGCUAAAACACUGAACAGGAGCGUUCCUGCUAGAAAGCGAAAAUACAUUGUGCUGUAUAUUCUGCUUGUAUGUUUACAAUGCCUACCCUGGUUUUUAAUUCCAAGCAUAUCAGGGGCCUUUCAAAAUCCAUUCCACUAUACAAAUGAUAAAAAAUGCAAUAACGGUCUACAAAAAUGAAAAAUCAAUGGAAAGACGUACAGGAAUAGCAUGGAUUUAAAAGCUGGGAAACAAACAAAUUACCAAAGCUAUUUGAUUUUUUUUUUUUGCUUGAUGCCUAAAGCUAUCAGCUAAGAUGAAACUUUGUCAUAUGCUGGAUAAAUGGGACAGGGUUGAGGAAUUAUUUUUCUAUCAAAGGCAACACUGAUUUGGAGUAAAGCUGUUGAGAAUUUUUGCACUCAAAAAUUCCAUCAGAAAAACUCCACCACCUUUUUCACCCUUUUGCAAAAACAAAAAUACACAACAUAUUUGGGGGUAUGGGGUUUUGUUUUAGUACAAUACCGUCUUUUAAAAUGACAGUUUUAGUGCUAAACUAAGUCAUGGGAAAUUCUUACUCCAAAAGUCUGAGAAUGCCAUUGUAAACAAUCAUUGUAAAAAGUGCAGCAAAUCAUGUAAUCUUGCCCAGUAGGGAGGAAACCUUUUCUAUUUUUGUUUCUGAGAAUGAAAUGACAAUUUACAUCGUAUUCCCAAGUAAUUUGUCUACCAUUUUCUGGCACUGGGAAGGACCAUGAUGGUGACGCUGCAAGGGUAUUUGAACAUGCCCCUCCCAUCCAAAUUCUUCCCUCCAGAAAAUCUUCAUUCGGCCCUCAAAGUUCUAGCAGAACUGCAGAAAUUUACAUUUACUUAAGCAGUUAGAAAUGCAGUUAAGUAUCCAAAGUAAAGGAAUAAAAUUGCCAAGAGAACAUGCAAAGCAAAUAUAAGGACUCUACCUGUCAACAAUGCACAGUGUCUUUUUGCAAUGCUAGAAAUUAGGGCACCAAAAAAAGAGAGAAUUUCACACUAGUUGUCACGUCAAUAGACAAGAUUUUAUCAGCCAAUAUGGGCAAAGAGCAAGGAUACAAAGAGAUGGAGGGGAUGAAGACACUGAAGCUAGACUAGAGGAAGCUGCCUUUUAUCAAGUCACAUCAAUAAUCCACCUAGUUUGCAAUCAGAGGUAGACAACCUUCACUAUGUUGUUAGAUUGUAACAUCCAUCAGUCCUAAACAGCAUGAGCAAUAGUGAGGUUUCAUGGGUGCUAUGAUCAUGUGACAGUUGGAAGGUGACAAGUUCCUGGGUGUGGAUUUCUACCUCCCUUAUAGGGUUGUUGUGCAAAUGGAGUCAGGUAUAGGGGAAUAAAAAUCAGGAUAUUUGAUUUUA